AUGGGCCGAGCAGAUCCGAGGCGUCCUCAACCGCCCUUCCGUCAUCUCCGACGCCGCCAUCGCCCGCUCGCCGCAAGUGGAGACCAACGUGGACCUCGACCUCCCGCCAUCUCCCCAGGAGACCAUCAGGGCCGUGCACCGGAAGAGGAGAUGCAACGGAGCAUGAACCUGUUCUCCGCCGCCUGCGAGAACUUCGGUCUGGUCAUUAACACGCAGAAGACGGUGGUGAUGCACCAACCGCCACCCAACUCAGCCACUGCCCCCAACGCGCCGCCGCAAAUCAGCGUGAACGGAACCCAACUGCAAGUGGUGGAGAACUUCCCGUACCUGGGCAGUACCCUCGCCCCCAACACCAAGAUCGAUGACGAAGUCGCCAACACGAUCUAG